GCUGCUGGCCCACCGAUCCUUCAAAACCUACCGCCCCGUGGAGUACUUCCUCAGCUUCCUGGCAGUGCACGCCAUCCAGGGGCCCCCCAUCGAAUGGGUGUCCAACCACCGCGCGAGUGCUGGGUAUCUCGAAUCGCUGACGCUCACCCCUCCCCACCCCCCAGGUACCACCACCUGCACUGCUGACGUGGAGCGCUCCUUCCUGGACCGCGCCAACGCCAGGGACCUCAGCGCCCAGGCCUUCUACCGCCUCAUGGAGGCCACAUGGGUGCACCAGGCCGUCGCGCGAUACGCCCUGACAUUCGCCGUGGCUGGCUACCCCGGCAUCGUGUGGUCCAUGGCCUUCCCCACAUUCAUCGGGUGGCACGAGACCUUCCUCGUCAACAGCGCGGCGCACAUGUGGGGCCGCCAGCCCUGGAACACAGGCGACCUCAGCCGCAACAACUGGUGGGUGGCGCUCAUCAGCUUCGGGGAGGGCUGGCACAACUCGCACCACGCCUUCCCCAGCAGCGCGGCGCACGGCCUCGACCCCUGGGAGAUCGACAUCGUGUACACCUGCAUUAGGAUCAUGGCCGCCCUGGGCCUGGCCUGGGACGUGAAGCUGCCCAGCAAGCGCGACAUGGAGCGCCGCCGCCAGCCGGACGGCAAGCAGAAGGCGUGGUGA